AUAAUUUUGAAGUACACAAAAAGUUAUGUGUCAAUGACUCUGUCAAGUCGCACUAAUUAACAAAACAAUUAAAAAUUAAAUUCCAACACUUUUUUUAAACAAGUGCAACUUGGUACGACCUUGCUUGUGGCGGCUACUUUUGUGUAUGUUCGAGGUACUUUCACAAUGCGUUUGUUACGGUUCCUUUAGGUGGUACCUACUACACUGCGCAAGUGUUUCUUAUUUAUGGAUUAUUGAUUAUGGAAUCAACUGCUAUUUUUUCACUCUGAUAUUGUCUAGCUGGAAAUAUAUUUCAAUAAUAAUGUUAAUCAAUUAUUACCAUUUUUCUUUCAUUAACAAAUCCACAAUCACAUACAAAACUGACUGAUAACUAAUUGAAAAUAGAUUGCAGCAGCUUCUGGAUGUUGCGUUAUAAAUAGAUACUGGUUUUUUCGGGUCGUUAAACUACCUAAUCUAUGUGGGAAUUCUAGGCCAAUGUGUAGGGCAAUGGGUAUUUUUUUUGCUUGUUCAGGCCUUGUCAAGAUUGGAUUUUUUUCCUUAUCGAAAUUUCCAAAUUUAAGUGAUGUUAGAGCUGAAAUUUUCACUAAAUCUUAACUCACUGAAAGGGCUAUAAUAAAAAAUUUCACCUGAAACAACAUUAAGACUAACUUUUGAGAAAAUUUCAACUUUGAAGACAUAACUUAGAAACGACAGGAUUCUGGAUAAAACCAUUUUGUAGGCAAUUCAGUCCUCUAUCCAAUGAAACUUGAUUCAUUGAAAUCGGUCCAGGAAUUCCAGAGUUAUGGCCCAUUUAAUAAGACUAUGUCAGACUGGGAAAAGUGUCCCUAAUAAUUUUCUAUUUUAUUUUUUUUCCAGGCUUAGACGAUGUCCUACGGGAAAAUGCCAAAGAAGUUUUCUGCUUGUUUUGACCUCCUCUAUACAACAAAUUUUUUGUUUUUCCGAAAUUCGAAAAUUUCGAUUUUCCAUUUUUUUCAUAAGAAACCUAUAAAAGAACAAAGCAAAAACUCCAGGAAAAACUGAAAAUUGAUGGGGGUAAAGUGGGUUCCGACAUUUCUUUGAACGUCCUUUAUGACGUACUGAAAGAAAAUCCGGGAAAUUUUGACUUUGAUUUUUUGGCCGAAAAAAAACCCUGGAUGAAUGAUUUUAAAACUUCCAAGUGGAAUAUCUCGGUAAUGGUGAGUCGUAGAGAAACAACUCACUGAGCUAUUUUUGUAGAUCUCGUCGAGUUCUACAAGCUGCCCAUGAACAGUUUUCCUCUAUGAUCUACCAUUACGGAACUAUGGCUGGUUGAAGUUUCAAUUUUCGUAAUUUUCAAGAGUUGCCUGUGCUAUAGGUAUAGGGGCAAAAACCAACGUCUAAAUUUCGGAAUUUCAAGAUAGCCAUUUUGUAGAGGAGAUCCAAAAAAGUCCCAAAAUCAACUUUUUUUUCCUUAAUUUUUCGAUUUUCCAAGAAUUUUCCAAGUUUUUUUAAAUUAAAUGAAGCCUCUUGUAAAUUAAUUUUUUCCUGGAAAACUAACGAAGGAAAAAUUUUGAAAUUUUUACAAGAUAAAGAGGAGAGUGAGGAGUUCAUUCUAGAAAAAUUUCAAAAUUUUCCGGUGGAAAAUCACUCCAGGAAAAAUUCCAGAAAAUUUACUUAUUUAAACAAAAUUAAGAAACAUUUACCUCUUGCAUUUUAUUUUUUUUCUGGAAAACUGGCAAAGGGAAAAUUUUGAAAUUUUUCCAGGAAAAAGAGGAAAGUGCAAAGCUCAUUGUAAGAAAAUUUCAAAAUUUUCCAAUGAAAAAUGACUCCAGGAAAAAUUCUGGAAAAUUGACUUAUUUAAGCAAAAUUAAGGAAAAUUCACCUCUUGCAUUUUAAUUUUUUUCUGGAAAACUGGCAAAGGGAAAGAAAGGAAAAUGUAAAGCUCAUUAUAGGAAAAUUUCAAAAUUUUCCAAUGAAAAAUGACUCCAGGAAAAAUUCUGGAAAAUGGACUUAUUUAAGAAAAAUUCAUCUCUUGCAUUUUAUUUUUUUUCUAGAAAACUGGCAAAGGGAAAAUUUUGAAAUUUUUCCAGGAGAAAGAGGAAAAUGUGGAGCUCAUUAUAGGAAAAUUUCAAAAUUUUUUCAGAAGUUGAAACUCCACCUGAAGCAAACGUGGUUAAUUUUUGGGAAAAUUUCAACUUUGAAGAUCUAUAACUUGGCAACUAGAUAAUUCUGGAUAAGGCCAUUUUGUAGAAAAUUUAAUCUUCUUUUGAAUGAAACUUGAUUCAUUGAAAUCGGUCUAGGCGUUCCAGAGUUAUAUCCGAUUUAAUAAGACCAUGUCAGGCUGGAAAAGCCUCGUCCCUAUGGAUUUUUGUUUAAUUUUUUUCCAGGCUUAGGAGACGUCCUACGGGAAAAUGCCAAAUAGCUUUUCUGCUUGUUUUGACCUCCUCUAUACAACGAAAUUUUUGUUUUUACAAAAUUCGAAAAUUUCGAUUUUCCAUUUUUUUCAUAAGAAACCUAUAAAGGAACAAAGCAAAAACUCCAGGAAAAACUGAGAAUUGAGGGGAGAAAAGUGGGUUCCGACAUUUUUCUGAACGUCCUCUAUGACGUCAUGAAAAAAAAUCCGGGGAAUUUUGACUUUGAUUUUUUUGCCUCAAUUUUUCCGAUUUCCUAAGAAUUUUCACCAUUUUGUGGCAAUUCAACACCCCUUUAUUAAAUUGGCUAUAACUUUUUUGUCUUUCAAUAGAUUUCUUUGAAUUAUGUCUUAUUCGAUAGAGGAUUAAAUUGUCUACAAGUAGGUUUUUUUCAACAAUUUCGAUACUUGUCCCGUUUUAGAGUUAUCAGCCCCUAAAGUUCAAAGUUCUAAGGAAAUGUGCUGCAAAUGUUCUAUUUCGAUAAAUGUCAGUUGUAGACAAAUAUUUUAUUGAAUUUUCUUGUAGAACUCAUCAAAAUAAUCAUCUCUUAUCUGGAAAGUUUUUCUCUACAAACUGUAGUUAUCGAGAUCACGAUUACGUAGUCACAAUAAUAGUAGGUACCUACUUGAUAAUUUUGUUUCUUGAAUAAACUUACUCACGAAACAUUGUGGUUUUAUUCAGAAAUUCUAUAGUGUAAUCAUUUCAGUACUUUUGCCUGAGUACUACUAAUUUGCCCUUGAUAUUUUCAUUACCAAUGCACUAACUAGAAAGUCAACAAAUGUGUAUUUAAUUAAAAUGUUUCAAUUUGUGUAAAUCAUGGAAGAGGAUUUGUACGUAAUACAAAAUUUGCACGGUUUAAUAAGGCCACAUUUGCCUUGCGAUCAAUCUAGGAUUUUGGCUGUGAAGUAUUCUAAGUUUGGCACUGAUGAUUAUGGAUUAAGGAUUUUAAAGGUUUUAGUUGAACUAGUGAAUACUACAACAGGUGAAGACUGGAUCUUAGAGGCUUUAGCUAAAGUUUUACCCAGGCAUUGUCCGGAUUUAGUAAAGGCAAGAUUUGCUAGAGAGAUUGGUGUGCAUACUUCAAUACAAAAUACUAUAGAUUUGUUUCUUAGAGAAAAAGGUGAUAAAGCUGAUUUUUUUGCUUGUUCAUUUGGAGGCAGAUUGAAUUUGAAUGGUAACAAGGAAAUUGAUAAUAAUGCAGUACUAGUAUUGGAAGAUUGUGAAGCUAGUGUAUGUGGCUCAUCUAUAUAUACACUGAUGGAUACAAAAAUCGGAUUUAAUUUAGAAACUACUCAAGCAAUUCUAAAAUCCCUUGCCAAAUUCCACACGAGCACAAUAGCAUUAAAGCUGCAAAACCCUGAAGAAUUCAACACCAAAAUACUGUCAAAUUUGCCUCAAAUUGACGAACAGCAAAGAUUUUCCAUUGAAAUCAUCGAAAAUGUUAGGGAAUCUUGGUCUACGUUUUGUCAUGGAAAUCUACAAAUCAAAAAUAUCCUCAUUAGAAACGCAGAAAUCAAAUUUAUAAACUUCCAAGAGUGCCAAUACAAUUCACCUCUAACAGAUGUAUUGUAUUUCCUCUUUUCCAGUGUCCAAUUGGAGGUUUUGCACCAACACUUGGACAAUUUAAUUGAGUUAUACUUUACAAAUUUCCAUUUAUUCUUAAGGCAAUUCAACAACGACAAUAAUAGUAAUUUUUCCAGGCACUCAUUUAAUCAAGAAUUAAAAACUACAGCCUCAAAAUACCAGCUAUUUUAUAAGACUUUAAAUGUUGAGUUGGGGAAAGAAUUUGAUAAACUAAUUAACAAAUAAAUCCGUGUGGUUCAAAAUUGCAGUUGUUGUUUUUUCCACCUUCUACUUUAACUCCAAACCAUCUCCAACCAAAACAACCUUCAUCUGCACAAACAAUUUCAAUUGGUAUUGCAUUUUUGGUUACACUACCAGUGACGUCAACUAAUAUUAAAUCUCUUAUUGGUACAUUAUUUCUGGGCUCUUGUGCUUCAAAUGUGGCAUUUUUUGGUGGGCUGUUUUUGUAGUUUUGUUCAAUAAGAAUACCAUUAUAUUGGAUAUCUUUUAUGGUAAUAUUACUAUAAAUUACCCCAGUAAUAUUACCAAAGCCACCAUCAAUGUGGGUUUUUAUAUGAAUACCAUUUCUACCACCAUCCAAGAUGGAAUUUGAGAAACUUACAUUUCUAAUGGUGUUUAAUGCUACAGAAUCAUUACUAAAGCCUACUGAAAUGCUUAAACCAUGACUCCCAUGGCAAUAUAAGUUUGAAACUGAGAUAUUUGAAC